UUUAUUUAAAUAAAUGUAAAAAUUAUUUAUAAAAUUAAACAAUACAAAAUGCGAUUUAAAAAACGAAGAUCAUCAAAGUGUCGGUGAUAUUUGUAUAAUAUUUUUGUUAAUUAUUAUAAUUAGUGGUUGAAGAAAUUAUAAGUUAACAAACCAUGAGAGUGAGUCCGAUAAUACUUUCAGCAGCGGCUCGGCUAGCUUGGCUAGACGGGCGUAUGACCCAUGAGGAUAUUAUCGCAUCGGCAUUAGUAUCAUCAACAUCCUCGUUGUCAACAACAACAACAACAAGAACAGCAGCCAGAGAAAGUAUUUCUUUUGAAGCGAUGAUGAUAACCGCUGCUGUUGCUGGUGUGUCAACAGGAACAACGACAACUGGUCCAGAAUUAUCCACUGAAUUUUUCCUCAUACCAGAUUCACACCAUCCGGAUAAAAAUAAUUUAGCUAGUGUAGCUAGUGUGAUAAGCGUACCGGCGCCAAAUCAAACUAUAUCUAUCUAUCCACCACCACGAUUUCCUAUCGACGAUACACGAAUACCAGGGUAUCCAGUAGUGACACCCCAUCAGACGAUACUGCGUCAGCGAACCUGGGCAUUACCACUAGCCGCUUUAAGUGCUGCUGCGAUGCUGCUUAUGGUUGCCUUCGAGAUCUUCGUACUCCUCAAGGCAAGAGCAGCCGCACCUAGUAGACGACAUCUAUUUCUUGGACAAGCACUUCUUCUAGGACUAUUUUUACUGGCUGGACUAUCAGCGGCAGCAUCACUAGCACCUAAUCCACUUUCGUGUGCGGCAUUUAGACUAGUUGGGCUACCAGCGGCUCUGGUAUUUGCCGCGCUUCUCGUCAAGUGUGUCUUUCUGCUUUCCCUCAACAGCGGUGUCUAUCUUCCAGCGCCGUAUCAGGCGCUCGUUCUUAUAUUUGCUGUGCUCGUUCAAGUGGCAAUUGUGGGCCAGUGGUUUUACGGAGAAACACCGGCUGUUAUUCGGCCUCGAAUUAUUGAAGCCAAUACUCCAUUCAUUCAGCAACAUACACUUUGCAAAACACCUCUUGGACAAACUGUUGCUUCAUUAGGUUAUCCAGGCAUAUUACUUAUCGCCGUGACUUGUCUAGCAAUACGUGCUCGUGGAGUACGUGAUAAUUACCGUGAAGCAGCUUUCAUCGGUCUAGCAGUAGGACUGACACUUCCUAUUUGGCUGACAAGUGCAAUAGGUUCCACGGUUGCUGUUGAGAAUGAUCGUGAGGCCUGGCUAGCUUACGGGUUACUCUCAACGGCACUUAUUGUUUUUCUUACCAUGUUCUUGCCAAAAGGACGACAAUUAGCCGCGCUGGGCCGUGAAGGACCUGGUGGGAUUCCCAGCGGGGUUGCUGGCGGUACAACUGUUGUUAUUCGUGAUCAUGAUGAUGAUCGAUUGAGUUCGUUACCCGGCAGUGGAUACUCGCCCUCCUUUUUCCAUUUCAAACCUGCUGAGGCCAGUCUGAAAAGGAAGAUGCAUUAUCAGAGCGCAGAUCGUGUGGCAUUGGUAUCCUCGGGAAUGCCCGGCUGCAGUGCGUGCAGACACGGAAGCAGUCCUGUUUACUCAGAAGAUAUGCAGACACCUGUGGAAACAUUUGUUCUGCCCCAUGGAAUGUAUCUUCAAGGACCUGAACUUGACGCAGGAAAUCUUUACACCACGUUAUCGGCUAAUCCUAAUGUUUUCUUCCAACGAGCUCAUCCAGGAAUGAUUUACUGAUAAACUUUAAUACGAAUUUAUUAAUUGAUUAGAUUUAAUUUUAAUACUAAUAAGCUUUCUAGUUCUUCUAUUUUUGUAUGAGUGCUUUGCAAGGACGGAUGUUUUUUUCAAUUGUAAAUUUAAUAAAUUUCAUAACCGAUUUUUUUGUA